AUGGCUCCUCUUCGUCAGAAUUCUUCGAGGUUCUCCUUCGUCGCCUUCGUCAGCGUCCUUCUCAUCGCCCUCGGGCAGCAGAAGGGCGCCCAGAGCACUUCAGACCUGCCCGCGUUCCCCCCCGCCCCUUUCCUCUUGCCGGGGUGGGACGAGGACAAGGAACUCCACCGGCUGAAGUGGUCGGAAGCGCUGCGGAGUUCCCUGAAGAGGAACCAAGACCCCGCCGCUAGCGACCUGGUGCAGUACUUCACGGAGGAGCAGGUGGACGCAGCCACGAAGUCCGAGUACAAGAUUGUGCCCCACCCGAUCAUCUACACGUCCCAGAUCCUCCACAAGGGCGUGAACUGCUCCACGAUCAAUGUAGACCUCCACAAGAACCACGUGAAACCCGAGCUUCAGCUUAGGCCUAACUGGAUCCACAAGUCCGAAUUCAUAGGCGACUGCCCCACGAACUACGUGGCGAGGGAGUUGCCCCCCAUGUACUCGCCUACGGUCAUUCUCGAGGCCGUCUGCGCUUGCGGGGGCUCCCAGUGUUCCAGGAGAGGACACCAGUGCGUCCCAGUUUCCAGUCGUGUGCCCGUCUGGGUCCGGAGGGGCCCUAAUUUCCUCGUUCUUGACGUUGAAGAGCUGACUGUCGCCUGCGUGUGCGUCCGGCGACCGAGUGGCGAAGGGAACUUCAUUUUCGAGGCGGCCGUUCAGAGCUAGAUCAGCCAUAGGUUCUCUCCUCUCAAGCCCUGUCAUACCCUCGGCGCCAUCUUGCAGGCUUCUUGCACCUUCCAGAUGGCUUGAUGAAUCGUACAGUACAAGCUUAGUACUUGUACUGUUUGUAGACUACACAAGAGUUACUGUACAAGAAUUCUGGUGAAUUCUGAUAUGACCUUCAUCUUACUUUCAUCAUAUUUAAUCUUUGUACCUUUCAGAUGGCAUUAUAAAACUUGCAGCACUUAACUAAACUUGUGGGAACUUACCCUCUUCUUCUUGCUUCCAUCAAUUUCAACCUUAAUUUACAGAAGUUCUUAAAAUGGCCUCCCCCAAACUGUCCACUUACUUUCCUAUAUUUAUUUUUCAAUCGGUUGAAUUUCUUCCGCAUUCUGCAUGUUCAU